UAUUAAUCCAAAAAUGUCUCAGGCGAGCACUGAAGAAAUGAUACAUAGGUUCGAGGCAGCAGAGAGCUCUCUUCUAGACAUUAGCCCAUUCACUGUGAUCUUCUGUUUAAUCUCCCUACUAUCCUUCUACUUCUCAUUCAGAAUUUUUAAGAUGGUGAAACAGCAGAAUAAGCUCCUCCAACAGAAUUCUCAGAAGGCAGCUGAGCCUAAUUAUGAAUAUGAUGAACCUGAAGGAGUCUUGAGAAGGAGACAGUCACGAGAUAGGGACACUCGGAUUAGAACAAAUCAAAACAUUUACAGAAUUUGUAUAACUGGAGGUCCUUGUGCUGGUAAAACAACUUCUCUUGCCACUUUGAGAUCCCAAUUGCAGGAAAAAGGAUAUAUGGUGCUGGAAGUGCCUGAAGCAGCCACAAUGAUGAUGAAGGGAGGAUGCUUCAUCCAGACUUCCUCCAUGUCGUUCUCCCAAGCAGUAAAGUUCCAGAUCAGUCUGAUGCAAAUGCAAAUGCACCUUGAAGAUGUGUUUAUUGAAAUUGGUAUUAAUUCAUGUCAACCUUGAGUUGUGCUCAUGGAUAGAGGAGUUAUGGACGGGAGUGCUUACACAAGCCCCAAGAUUUGGAAAGCAAUUCUUAAUGAAACUGACUGGACAACCAUCCAACUCAGAGAUAGAAGAUAUGACGCUGUAAUCCACUUGGUCACUGCUGCUGAUGGAGCCGAAGAAUUUUAUGGUAAGAAUAACGAGGCAAGAUACGAGACCAUUGAGCAAGCAAAGGAAGUUGAUUCAAAGCUCAUUAAUGCUUGGACCGGUCAUCCUCAUUUCAAGAUCAUAGACAAUCAUCAUGAAGGUGGGUUUAAGGGCAAGAUUCAAGAGAUUUUGAAAACAGUAACCAAGCAUAUUGGUCUUCCGGAUACAGCCUUUGUUCAAAGAAAAUUUUUGCUCAUGCAAGAUGGAGAAGGAAGAUUCAUCAUAAACGAACCUACUGGCCUUAAAAGAGAAACAUUUGAAGUUGAAGAAAUCUUCUUAGCUCCAAGAGGAACAGAAGAAAUAGAAAGCAAGAUUAGAAGCCGUGGAAAAGAAGAUUCGUACACUUAUAUCCACGAAUCAAAGACAGUUGUUAAAGGUGAAGAAAUUAUAAGGAAAAGACAGAUCUCGGCAAGAGAGUUCAUCCAGCUCUCUGAUCAGAAAAUAGAGAAUACCAGUCCUGUAGAGAAGAUUAGACACUGCUUUAUUUACAAGAACCAGAACUUUGUUGUAGAUGUGUUUAAGAGCAUAAAGGGAAAUCCAAUUAUUUUGAGACUGGAAACAGAUACCAAGAGUGAUGAAAUCUCCAUUCCUCCUUUCGUAAAAGUUUGUAAAGAAGUCACAGGUGAAGAUUUCCCUAUCUACACAACUAAUGUGAUGAGCAGAAGAGACUAUGAGAUGCCUCCAGAAGAUAUCGAAAGAUGCAGAAUGAAUCUAGACAUUGACGCCGGCCUUGGUAUGGGCAAGAAGAACAGCAUUAGUAUUUGGAAUAUGAAAGACGAUGAUGCCACUAUCCAAGAGUAAUAG